CCCUCCACCUCAAGGGCACCAUGCACCUCUCCCAACUGCUGGCCUGCGCCCUGCUGCUCACCCUACUCUCGCUCUGGCCCUCCGAAGCCAAGCCCGGUGUGCCAUCGAAGGGCCUGCGAACUCCGCCAGGGGAGGUGUCAGCCGCGUCCCAGACUGAGAGCGGCGCUCAGAAGAAGCGCGACAAGACUCUCGGAGGCGGCGGCAUCAACCUCAGGGGCGACCGGUCGCGACUGCUCCGGGACACCAAGUCUCGAUGGGCCCGCCUUCUGCAAGAGAAACCACGCAGAAAACCACAGCCUACUACGGGCAAGAAGAACUGCUUCGGGCACAAGCUGGACCGGAUCGGCGCCCACAGUGGCCUGGGAUGUUAGUGCGGCGACCCCUGGCGGAGUGGCUAUGGGCAGACUGUCCAAAGUCCUGAUGCUGCUCCAGCCCUUGUUGGAGGGAGACUUUGUGGGGCCCCUGAUGCUCCAGCCUGAGGCGCCCGCGAGUGCGAUUUGUCCCUUCCGAGUCCUGAGCGCGCCCCUAGAGAUGCCGACCGUUUGGCACUGCAUCCACCUUCAGGAUCGAACCUCUGUUUGUGGCACUAUUUCAG